UAAAAGCUUUCGCAGUCGUGCCGGUAAACAAUUCUGGUGUUUCUUCUUCAUUUUGAUUGAUUUUUGUUUGUUCGAAGUAAAUAAAACACGAGCAAUUAAACAGUGAAGAGAGUUUAAUUAUGUUAAUUCCCAGACUUUCAAGAACUGGGUCCGCCUUGCUUAAACAGCUUUCACGAGGCAUUUCUACUUCCUUGUGUAGAAAAACUGAGUUCAAACAAACUCGUUGUAGUCAAUAUUUGCCAACUCAGUUUCAGUUACAUCCAGUGACUAGGGUGUUCCAUGCUACCUUUUUUCAGAAGCAUCAUUUGUUUUCUACCUCAACUUCUGAUAGUGAUAGUGUGGAUCGAGACAAAAAGAUAUCAGUAACGUUUGUCGAUAAAGAUGGAGAAGAAAAGAACAUCAAGGUCCCAGUUGGAAUGUCUAUGUUAGAAGCUGCUCAUGAAAAUGACAUAGAACUUGAAGGAGCAUGUGAAGGCUCACUUGCCUGCUCAACAUGCCAUGUGAUCGUCAUGGAUGUGGAAUACUACAACAAAUUAGAAGACCCUGCAGACGAGGAGAAUGACAUGUUGGACUUAGCUUUUGGGCUUACAGAAACCUCACGUUUGGGUUGCCAGGUGAUUGCAAAGCCUGAACUCGAUGGAAUACGCUUAGCUAUUCCUGCAGCCACACGGAACUUUGCUGUUGACGGGUAUGUUCCAAAACCACAUUAGACGUGGUGCAACCUUGAAAGUAUACAAUGAGUGUAAAGGAUGCAUUCAUCCCAGUUUUGUAGCUACCCUAUCAUAUUCAAUUAAUGAACAUCUCAAAUCCUAGUGUCAUUACUUAUAAUUUGGAUUAUUACACAUAUAUAUUUCAGUUAAUAAUAUUAUUACUGGAAGUCUGGAACAUAUUUUCAUCCUCAUACCAUGUUAACGGUAGGAUAGGAUCCAGAUUGUCGUCUAUCAAAAUGUCGCAAGAGAAUUUCAUAUGUGCUACAUCUUUACUCUUCCCAAUAAUAUAUCUUUUUCUAUUGGAAGCCCUUCACUUUAUUAA